CUGAUUUAUUCAACUUUGAGACCAGGAAAAGUCUCGACCUUUUCGGUAAUUUCACAGAAAAAUCCCAAAAUUCGAUCCGAGGGUUCCACACCCUGUCGUUGAAAUAUCGGCGAUCAGACCCGCGUACAGCGCUCAUCAUCACCAACAUUCAGCAGAGGAAAAAUUAUUAUUUCUGUUAAAAAAAAAAGAAAAAACAAAUGACCUCGAGAGGCAAAGACCAAACGACGCCGCAUCAGCCGCUUCUGAGCAGCCUCGUCGUGCGGCCCUCCACCAGCGACGGCGGUGGCGGCGGCGGAGGCGGAGGCCGCGCCAGCGACUACGAGGCCGGCGAGGUCCGCCGCGAGCCUCCCUCGUACUCCAGAUCCGAUCGCUACUCCGGUGACUCUGGAUAUAGACUACGUGCAGGUUCUACUUCUCCUGUACGGCGAAGGGAUUCUGAUCAUCGCUACAAUUCUGACUUUGACCACUUACGUAGUCUGGCACGCAGCCGUGAAGUUGGUGCUGCGAGAGAUGCUGGUAGAUUUCGAGACUAUUCACCCCCUUAUGCUCGUGGAAGGGGGAGCGGCAGGCCAUUUGGUCGGGGCCCUGAUGGUCCUGAUUUUGGCCCUGGGCUAUUCAGAGGUGAGGGCAUGAGCAGAAACAAUCCAAAUGUCCGUCCGAGAGAAGGAGAUUGGUAUUGCCCGGAUCCUCUAUGUGGCAACCUGAACUUUGCAAGACGAGAUUCCUGCAACAACUGCAAAAGGUCUCGCUAUGGACCUGUAGGAAGUCCUCGAAGGGGUUAUCCUGGCCCACCACUCCCAGAUGUUCCCCCUAGACGCUUCCCGGGUCCUCCGUUGGAUCACUCCCCGGGAAGAACUAUGAAUGGCUAUAGGUCCCCUCCUCGUCCCUGGGUGAGGGAUGGCCCUAAAGAGUUUGGUGCUGGAGGUCUGCCACCUCCCAGGCAUGAUGGCAGGUAUCCUGAUCACCACAUGCGGAGAGAUCGACUGGACUAUCCAGACGACCACUACAGAGGGAGAGCCAAGUUUGACAGGCCAAUGCCAUUGGAUUGGGGCCACAGAGAUCGAGGAAGGGAGAGCUUCAUCAAUGACAGGAAACCAUUUGAGAGGCGACCGCCAUCUCCACUUCCACCACCGCCAGUUCCAUUACCUCCUAAUCGUGGUAGGUGGGCACGUGAUGUUAGGGAGAGAAGUCGGUCGCCAUUGAGACGUGGCCCACCACCAAAAGACUACCGGCGGGAUGUUUACGUGGAACGGGGGCGUGAUGAUCGGCGAGGCAUGGGGCGAGAUCGCAUUGGUGGUACAUAUUGACACAUAUUUGCAUAAUUUUGUUUCUGUCAGAUGUCUUUCUUUCACUUGGAGGAAGGAUGAGGUCAAAUUCCAGAUUUGAGACUGAUGUUAGAAUUUUGUACUUCCCAAGCAAACAAUAUUUUUAAUGUUUCUUCUAGUUUGAGCAGGUCAUGUACUCUUUUCAGUUUUUACUUGCUUGAUUUGUAAUUUUCCAGUUCUUGUCUAAAAGAGGCAAUUCAUUUGUGCUGUCUUGUUAUGUC